UCAAAACUCAUUCUCUUAUAACAAUGGGUUUAAAUGGUGAGGGCUCAGGCACAUUUCCUACAGGAAAGACUGCACAAGAGAAAGGUUUAAGCUAUGUCCCUAAUGCUUAUGUGAUUCCUGCCCCACACCGCCCGAGUUUGUCGCCUGAGAUUGCCAUUGUUCCUAUCAUUGACAUGGCUUCUCUAAGAUCAAAUGACUCAGUUCAAAGGUCCCUUGCGAUGGAAGAGCUCAGAAAAGCUUGCAUUAGCCUAGGCUUCUUUCAAAUAAUCAAUCAUGGAAUCACUGAAACAGUGAUGGAGGAAGCACUUAGCCAAGCUAACGAAUUCUUCAACUUACCACUAACGGAGAAGAUGAAAUAUAAAUCAGAUGAUGUUUGCAAAGCAGUCAGGUAUGGGACAAGCCUGAAAGAUGGAAUUGAUAAAAUAAAGUUUUGGAGAGUAUUCCUCAAACACUAUGCUCAUCCAUUGGAAGAUUGGAUAGACUCCUGGCCCACCAAUCCACGUAAUUAUAGGGAAAAGAUGGGACAAUACACCAAGGAGGUGAGAAAAGUGAGCCUAGAGAUAAUGGAAGCAAUAACUGAAAGCUUGAAUUUAAGUCCAACAUACCUCAGCAGCAAAAUGGCUGAAGGAGUCCAAGUAGUGGCAGUAAAUUGCUAUCCCCCAUGUCCACAGCCAGGAGUCGCACUCGGGUUGCCACCACAUACAGACUACAGUUGCAUAACCACAGUUCUUCAAAACAGCCAAGGCCUUGAAAUCAUGGACCCAGCUGAUGGGACAUGGAAGAUGGUCCAAAAGAUUGAUGGUGCUUUGCAGGUCCAUGUGGGCGAUCAUGUGGAAGUUCUUAGCAAUGGCCUUUACAAAGGAGUUGUCCACAGAGCAACUGUCAAUUCAGAGAGAACAAGAAUCUCCAUCACAAGUCUGCAUAGCUUGGGAAUGGACGAGAAAAUGAAACCUGCGGAAGAACUUGUGAAUGAACAAAAUCCUAAAAAGUAUAAAGAGAGCAGCUUCAAUGAUUUUCUCAAAUUUCUCUCCAGCAAUGAUCUUGCAGAAGGAAAUAGCUUCAUUAACACACUUAAGAUCCAGGAUUAGUAUUCAGGUUUUCGACUAAUGUUUGAAAUUAGUUUAUCUUAUUAUGAAGAUGAUGAUAUAUAGUCAUUUAAAAUAAAAUUAGAUUGCAUAUGGUAGAAAUUAAGACAAAAGAGAAAAAGAAAAAGAAAUAGUAAUGUUUCACUUUAGCCAUUGUGUUGGAUAGGAUUGGACAUCUUUUCCUACCUUUUAUUGUGUUUGCCCAACAAACAAAGCUGUCUUUUUAUGGGGGUCUGAAAUUUGUAGUGGGAUUGUCUCAAGGGUUAGAUGUUUCUUUUAAUGCUUCUGUUUUCACCCCGCAUGUUGCAAGGAAUGUUUGCUCUCUUUCUUAAUGAUAUAUAAAUACUAGUGUAUUUUUCACAUGCA